AUGGGAGCCAUUGAUGCGCUCAUUAGAAAUGACUCGUCCAAGCAAUCCGAUGACGGUGGAGGUUUAUCUACAACUGUAGACCCGGACGUGAUUUCAAUGCACAACCGCAAGGUCAUACUUCGCCAUCUUCUUGUGGGGCAACUUCCAGUGCCACAGCUGUUGCCCCGAAAUUCCAUACGCCCUGCGAUAGCCUUCGUUUUGGUCCUCCAGCCCCGGAGUAUAUGGCUUCUGCAAGUGGAGUGCCAGUUUGAGCUUGCUGGCAUUGGCUCCCAAUGGACCAAAUUCCGCCACGUAGGUAGUGUCCUCCCACAGGAAGUGGGAGCUGAACGGACCGACCUUCUAGUUUCUCCGUCCUCCGCCAACCCUUACGACGCCUUACUGUCUCUGGACGAACUCGGGGACUAUCGCCCAAGCCAUUCCUGCUCUGGCGUUGACACUCCGUAUCGUCGCAACCAAAGCGACCGUCUGGCACGCCUGCAAGCCUAUUUCGAGGGCCUUUCUGCAACGGUAGCGGCCCUGACUCCUGCCAAUCCCACGUCCGCAACCGCUCCCUGCGUCGUUCCUCAUCUCGGUGGCAAAGCCCGGUACCGUUCCACGUUCUACAAGAUUCUGACACGUUCACAUUGGUACCACCGAAAGUUCGGCCGCGCAACGGCCAACGCCCGUGGGGAAGCGCAGCGGGAGACCGUUAGAACCGCUACUAAGGACACGACGCCCUUGAGGCACAACGGCUGGACCAACAAUGGUACCACGCGUUCAAUUUUUCUCCCUGUUGUUAGGAACAGGAUAUGUGCUGGCGCAGCCACUCGAUUAACGUCGCCAAAACUUGUGGCAGGUUUUGAGGUGAAGGCUACCACAACCAUAGCUGAUAUGUUACGUUUCAAGUUCAUCGCUUUGUUCUUCUUCAUUGUCGUAUCCAGAGCUCAAGACAACGUGCUACUCGCCAACAAUUACUUGGAUUCCGUGCUGAGCUCCGUGCAAACGGAUCGUAGCCUUCUAGCUGCCAUUGAUCCAUUGCGAGUGGCUGAUUUCGGAGAAGAAAAUUAUCGCAUUCACGGUGGAGAGGUAGUUGGGCUCUCUUCGUUCUACCGUAAUGGCAACAGCACGAUCCACUAUACCCAAGACGAAGUUUUAGUUAUGGCACCGAUGAUAGUGAGGAGCAUCAUGUUCUUUGGUCGCCAUAGGUACUCAAAGUACGGAGUCACCAUUAAGGGUGACAUCGAAGCCAAGGUUGAGAGCGUCGAGAUCUUGAUCACCUACCGUGCUCCCAGGAGCGGGGGAGACGCCAAGCUAGAGUCGUUCCAAGUGGAGUCCCUCAAGGGAUUGCAAGUAACCAAGAUUACGGGCAUGUCGAGGGCCUUCAACUGGCUCCUGCGAAUUGUGGCCAACAGAGUGGCGCGUCAGUUCCAGGGAAAAAUCGAGGGCGCCCUCGAAGAAGAAGCCUCCAAGUUCAUCAGCUCCCAGGUGGACAAAAAAUCGUUCCCUCCAAUGUCAGGACCACCGACGGAAGAGAAGGGAACCAGCUUCCCAGACACUUACCCACCUGGGCCAUUUUAAAUG